CCCCAGGGCACAGCAACCCCCCACCCCCACAUCCCGCCCACCUUCCACUCCACCAAAGCAAGACUGAAAACGAAGGAACCCCCGCCCUCCUCGCAUAGCAUCCUGAACACACACUCCAUUCCACCUCACCCCCCGCAAGAUGCCCGGCUCCCAAGAAAAACCUCCAAAAACCUUCAGCCUCCAGGAAACCCUCCCCCGGCUGCCCAUCCCACCCCUCGAAGAAACCGCCGCUCGCUACCUCCAAACCCUCGUGCCCAUCCUCACCCCCGAAGAGUACAAAAAGUCCGAAGCCAUCGUCCACGACUUCAUCAAACCAGGCGGACUCGGCCAUGACCUCCAGACCCGCCUACGCGAGCACGACCGCCGCGAACCCAAUUCGUGGCUCGAACGGUGGUGGUUGAGCUUGGCGUACCAUGGCUGGAGGGAGGCGGUUAUGAUCAAUUCGAAUUGGUAUAUGGUUUUGAGGGAUCAUCCGGAGACGCCCAAGGAGCUGAUGCCCAGGAAGGGCGAGGGGAAGGAGAGGGCGGUGGUUCCGUCGGCUGGGUUUACGAAGUUUCAGGUCAAGCGGGCGGCGGGGCUGGUCAACAAUUUGCUGGAUUACAAGGAUAUGAUUGAUACGGAAACGUUAUCGAUCGAUACGACGCGAACAGGCCCUCUAGACAUGAACCAAUACCGCAACCUCUUCGGAAUCACCCGAGUCCCGAAAGCUGGAUGUGACUACAACGUGGGCUCCCACCCUUCCCCGAGCAAGCACAUUGUGGUGCUUGCGCGGGACCAGAUCUAUCUCGUGGAUGUGUAUGACGCGACGACGGGAAACCGGGUGACCAUUGAGAGCAUUGAAAGGCAGCUGGUGUCUGUUCUGGAACACGCGCAGUCAGGGAAUCAGAAGCAACUGCCAAUCAGUCUGUUCACUGCCCUUCACCGUGACAAGUGGGCCGAGAUCCACUCGCACCUGCAGAAGCUCGGACAAGCCAACAAAGACAACUUUGCGGGCAUCGAGACUGCCCUGUUUGCCGUUUCGCUCGACGACUACAUCCUGCCUGCUGACAUCGAAUACGUUGCAAGAAAUACAUCCCAUGGGCUUACCGGACACAAUCGUUGGUUUGACAAGUCAUACUCUGUCUGUGUCAUGGCUGAUGGAAGGACGGGUGUCAACGGCGAGCACUCCCCAUGCGACGCCCUGAUACCAGCCAUCAUCGCCGACCACGUCGUCAAACACGAACCCGCAACAAACCCCGCCUCCGCCAAACAAAACGCGACAAUGCGACCGCCCAAGCACCUCGAAUGGAUCACGGACGACAAGAUAGCGCAGGAGCUCACGGACGCGGAAAAGACCGUGGCCGUCGCGAUUGCCGACUCGGAUGUUAGCAUUUUGCAGUAUAACAAGUAUGGGUCGGAUUUCAUGAAGAAGACCGGAAAGUCGAGUCCAGACGCAUACGUCCAGAUGGCCCUCCAGCUCGUGUUCCACCGUAUCCACAAGGAGUUUGCGGCGGUGUACGAGACGGCCAGCACGCGGCAGUUCAAGCAUGGCCGGACGGAAACUUGCCGAUCGUUGAGCACGGACUCGAAGGCGUUUGUCGAGGCAUUCGAUAAGGCUGGGCUUUCGCCCCAAGAAAAAUACACCCUCCUCCAAAAAGCCUGCACUGCCCACGUCGCCUACCUCAACCUCGCGGGCCAAGGCCGCGGUGUCGACCGGCACCUCCUCGGUCUGCGGAUGGUGAUGAAGCCCGGCGAAACGGCCGAGAUAUACACGGACCCGGCGUAUGCAAAGAGCAGCCAUUGGAGGUUGAGUACCAGUGGGUUGUUUCCGGGGGAGAGGAUUCUGUCGACUGGGUUUGGGACUGUGUACCCCGACGGCUACGGCAUGAACUACAUGAUCGGCAGCAAGCUGGUCAAGAUCGGCGUCGAGAGCAAGUUCUCGUACGCGCCCACAUCCUCCGUCAAAUUCACGCAGACGCUUGCGAAGGUGUUUGAUGAUAUGGCGGAGGUGUGUUUGGCGGUUAAUGGCGCGGGGGAGAAGGAUAAAGCGAAGUUGUAGAGUUGGGUAUGAAGUGGGGGACACUCGAGUGUAUGAGAGGUAGGAUGAGAUGGAUUAGAAGAGAUGUUGACGGUAGCGCUAGAUUUUUCGUUAGGCGUUGUGCAAUCAAAGACACUUUCUCGGCGAAAACUCCGAUAUGAACCA